CCUGUCUGACAAGUUGUCAGGUCUGAAGUUUUUCCUUUAUCUUGAUUGGCUGAGAAGGCAGUUUCUAUGGUAACUGUCGUAUAACUGUCGGUUCCCUGGGGCCCUUUCGUAAAGCUGUUCGUAAGUUAAGAGUGACUAUAUGACUAGUGAUCCUUUCUUGUGGUAAAUGAUAUUCACCAUUAUGAUCAUCGAUGAUUAAUUAUUAGCACUCGAGAAAGGUUCACCGGUCGUUCUUUAAGUCGCUCUUAAUUGUUUACGAACAGCUUUAUGAAACAUCCACGUUUGUAGACCAAGAGUUCAGUCUCUGUACGGUUGGAUGCUCCGCUGGACUACGUUGGCUACGUCUGGCAAUGAUAGUAAAAUGUCCGAAAUUGUAAAAUCCUAAGAAAAGAUGGUUGUUCCUUCAUAGUAGCUAGAUAAAACAAGACAAUUGCCUUGAAAAUUAAAUUUGUUUAAGAAAAAUUGUGAAUCUAGUAAAAUGAUACAGUUCCGAUUUUAUUCCUAUCAAUAUUUUGUCGCCUGAUCAUAACUUAGGAUAAAUACUAAUUACGUUAUUUAAAAGCAGCAUUAUUUACCGAACUUUCAUUAAAUUUUUUUAUUGAUUUUAUUUGAAAUUUUAUCAUAAAUUGCUAUUCAUGCGAUUGAAGUGAUGAUGAUGAUAAUAAAGAUGUAGCGCAUUUAGAAGUUUCAAAGCAAAACCAGCGCAAAUGAACUUCUACAUAAAUCAGUCUUUCCGAGUGACUUCAACUGUUUCUUGGGCCGUUUAAUAAAACUGUAAGUUGAGAGCGACUUUAAGAACGACUGCAUGGUGAACCUUUCUUAUGCGCUAAAUUAUCACCAAUGAACAUUUUAUGGUGAAUAUUAUUUACACAAGAAAGGAUCACUAUAGUCGUUCUUAAAGUCACUCUACGCCUACUUUCAACUGAACAUUCAGGUAUUCGUCUAUGGACACCAUGCACACUAAAAAGCCGUUUCAGACAAUCAUUUGUCCCCAAUGCUAUACAUCAUUUUAAUCCUCAAGUCCGAAGGUCUGUGACUCACCCGUAAUUAAUUAGUACCCUUUUCUUAUUGUUAAUAAUCACGAUAGAUAACUUUGAAUAUAUAGGUCCUAUUGAUUAGAGAUUCCCUUAGAAUCUGACACACCACUAGCUUUUGCACUUCCCCUACUCUCUAUUACAAUGACAAUUGCACUUGCAUCAGCUUCGGUCCAUUACUUAUCUUGCCGAUAACUAUACAGCAAACAUGCUUGUAUUUCAAAUACUUAUGUAUUGUAAAUUUUGCGUGAACCAUGUAUACCUGAGUCGGAAUUAUUUCCUCAUGUUGACAUUUUUUUCAUCAUCUUUGCUUUGUUCUGUGCAUAUACAUUGUAUCUACAUGUGUGUAAACCAGUAAAAAAAGAAAUUCCUUUAUGGACAAUAAAGUUAUUCAAUUCAAUUCAAUUCAACAACUUUAUGAAAAACAGCCCCCGAUUAUGAUGCGAUAAACGUAGCCGCUAUCGAUAUAAACAAACGGCUACGUCACAAUGAAAGUAAGCUGGGUCAAUUAACCACGCGCAUUAGUAGAUGCGCAUAUUUAUACGUCAUCGAUAUCGACGUGACGUAGCCGAUGAUGACGUUAUAAAUAUACGUACCAGCUAGCUGCACAAAAUACAACAUUGUCAUUAAAAAUGGGAAUUAACCCCAGCUUUCCUAUUCCAGUUCCAAAGACCCACAUCAGCUUUGAGCCUGAGUUUUCUUAUAGUUCAAGUGGACAUAAGAGGGAUUUAAAUAUAGAAUACGACAAGACAGGUUUCGAGUCGGCAACGGAAAAGAAUUUCCAGGUGUUUGUGGAGCAACGCAAGAAAGCAAGAGAAGCAAAAAUAAAAUUUGACGAUCUGGAUGGACUACGUAAGAAAUUUCCCCAUUAUACGGUAGGGCAGAUACAAGACUUCAAAUAUCAAUUCAUGUCAUUUGACAUUAAUCAAGAUGGACUCAUUGACUACCCAGAAUUGCAACAUGCCCUCGAUGAGCUUGGCGAUACCUCGUCCGAUCAGAAACGGCGCCGGGCUUUCGAUCAAAUUGACGUGGACCAUUCAGACAGCAUAGAUUUUGAGGAGUUUGUGGAGCUGUUGACAAAGGUUGUCGCCCAAGAUGGCUCCCUCUCUGAAGCAAUUUGGAAAAUGUGUAAACGGGGCACCGAAAAGACUAGUAUAAUCAGGACAAUGCCUGUCGAAAGACAAUUAGAAUUAGGACUGUUUUGACGAUCAAGUUUAGGAUGUUUUGUAUUUAUUCACUAUAGAGACUUGUGUAUACAUACAGUAUUAUGUAAUAUAUAUUGGA